GUGAAUCAUUUGCUCUCUAUUUUGUUUUCGUUUCGGACUCGAGGAAGUGAAUUCCACAUUGAUAGUCAGUGGGUUUCAAAUAUAUGUAAAUAUCCGGGUUUUAACUUUAUAGUAUUGCAUCUUAACAGUUCACGUUGAACGUUUUGCUUUUGUUUCGGAACGAUAUGGCUAAUGGUAACUAGCUAAUUACAGUCAGUGUUUGUCACUCGACCAGGAUAUUGAACGCAACACAAGCCUAACAGCGAAAGCACUGAUGCUGAAGAAAAAGAGAGGCCAUACGUGUUUGCUAGCGUCCAGCAUGGCUUCAUUAGUUGUGCUCAUGAUGGUGCUAUACGGAUGUGGCACCAUUGGCACCCAGCAGCCCGGCAGCUCCAGCCUCAGACAUGACUACCAGCUGCUGGGCAGACCUCUGUACAAACUGGACCUGAGCUGGCCCAAGAACCCAGAGCUCUUCACCGGGGAGGUGUUCGGAGUGGCUGUCAACCAGUAUGCUGGUGUGGUGCAUGUGGCACAGAGAGGUAACAAUGUGCCCAAGGUGCUGGUGUUCACCACAGAUGGAGAUUUCCUUAUGUCCUGGAACACAACCACCCUGGAGGUACCUCAUGGUAUCUUUGUAGCAGAUGCUGGCUCAUCAAACCCCACUGUGUGGAUCACAGAUGUGGGGAACGGCCCGUACGGCCACUGCAUCAAACAGUACUCCCCAUCUGGGAAGCUCCUGCAGGUUCUUGGUACGCCAGGGAAGGCAGGUUCUGGGGUGAAUCCUCUGCAGUUCGACCAGCCGGCGGAGAUCUUCGUUCACGACUCCGGAGAGAUGUACAUCGUGGACGGUGACGGGGGGAUGAACAACCGCCUCAUCAAGCUGUCCAAAGAACAGGAGGUGUUGUGGAUGCACGGAGAGAAAGGACAAGGCCUGGCUCAGUUCUACAUCCCCCACAGCGUGACUGUGGACAACGCCUUCAGGGUGUGGGUGGCCGACAGAGGGAACAAAAGGAUCCAGGUCUUUAACUCCGUUACCGGGGACUGGUUGGGGACAUGGGGGAGCUGCUUCACUGAGGAUGCGCCCUACUCCGUCCGUCUGACCCCGGACAAGAAGUACUUUGUCGUGGUCCAGCUCAACACCAACCAGAUUUCGCUGCUGGAUGCCCCACCGGUGGGUUUGAUUGGCCAGUGCAGUGUGGUCAGUGUGAUCCAGCUGGCUGAGGAAGUGAAGCCCCACCUGGUAGACCUGGACCUAAAGACAGGGGCCCUGUACGUGGCUGAAAUUGGAGCUCAGCAGGCCCAGAAGUUUACCCCCUUCAGUCUGGGCGGGCGCUUCGCAUAGUGCCACACUUUGAAAUGGCAUGACCCAUCAGAAACUAACUGCACCUGUAAUUGUAAAAAAAAUCAUAUCUUUGUCAGUAUGAUGAACCCUAGUUACACUGCAAGAUCCAACAUCUGAGAUCAAGAUGUCUAUGAUAUCCCACGGCAACCCUGUCUCAUAGAAAUUAAAUUUUUAUAGUAAGAGAUUGCAACUGAAUUUGGGUUUUGAAA